AUGAUUCCAUGCAACUUUACAUGCACUUUCUACGCUAACAUCACGAAGUCGUGGAAUGGAGAUCAAUCUCGCGAGCACGAGCAACAGAGGGCCGUGCGUACCAAAUUCAAAUNGGCCAACAACAAAUGCCACACGAAGAAGAGUGACUGCAGCAAGUACAACAAUGAUUCCAUGCAACUUUACAUGCACUUUCUACGCUAACAUCACGAAGUCGUGGAAUGGAGAUCAAUCUCGCGAGCACGAGCAACAGAGGGCCGUGCGUACCAAAUUCAAAUACUCCUGGGUUCCCACGUUAAAUUGACACGAAAAUUUUGGACUGAGAUAGAUUGACACCAAAAACAGUGACGGUUGGCAAAUUGACACGAAAAAAUGUAACGGUUGGUAAAUUGACACGAAAAAAUAUUACGCCGCACGUUGCCUGGCGAAGGCCAGCAGCGGCGCAGCCUCAACCUCAAGUUAAAAAAAAAUCAACCCCAGCUGCACCGCUGCACCGCCGGGAAACCCAACGGUCGCGCUCCCUCAUCACCGCACCCGACACGGAGCGAGGGGAUGGCGCGCCUUGCGCGAGGUAGAAUCCGCUACGAGUGGUAUGAUGAGUGCAUGCAGGUUCUACUGCUUGCUGUGUUGUGC